UAGUGCAAAAAGUGAAAGAAGACUGUGUCAUUGGAGGUCAUGCACUUUAUUUUUAAUGAUAUUUACUGUGUUGUCUUUUAAUUAUUGUUAGAAGUUUGAUAAGGAAUAUAUUAAAUUAAAACGUCUUAAUGACUGUGCCUAUAGUGAAAUAUACAAUUCUAACGUGACUUUAAAUUAUUUCAGGUUUUUAAAAACAAAACGUAGCUAUGGCAGAUCAAUUCUGUUUACGUUGGAACAAUUUUCAAACUAAUAUUGUAAGUGCAUUAGAUUCGCUAAAGUGCUCCGAGGAUCUCGUCGAUGUAACACUUACCUGUGAAGGCAGAAAUAUCAAGGCUCAUAAAGUAAUACUGUCAGCGUGCAGCCCGUACUUUAGGAAUGUGUUCAAGGAGAACCCUUGUCAGCAUCCUGUUAUAAUUUUAAAAGAUGUCUCAGCUGAUGAUAUUCUUAGCUUGUUGUCCUACAUGUACCAAGGAGAAGUAUUCAUUGAGGAGAGUAAAUUGUCAUCAUUUUUACACACUGCUGCAUUAUUACAAAUAAAAGGCUUGACUGGUGUUACUCAACAGAAUGAAACAUUUACAAGUAUGAAUGCUACAAAUAAGCUUUAUACGCAGUUGACUAUCUAUUCGAAAUCACAUGGAGGUGCUACUCACAAAGAGACAAGGAUGCCUGCAUUGAAAAAAAGGAGAAGUAGCACAUCUGAUAAACCAAAUGAUACUGCAGCUGUGGAAAAUUACAAGAGGAGUAAAAUUCUGGAAUCAUGUGAGAUAUAUAACAGGAAUAAUGGUCAUCAAUUGAAAUUGGACAACCCAAUUUUUGGCACUAAUAACAUUGGUGAAAAGAAAACGGAUACUGUUAAUGAUUAUUCUGGAAUCAGUAAUGGAAAAAGUGCUACACAGGUCCAAGAAGAGGUACCUGUGGUUGUUAAAACAGAAUGGAACGAAGAUAACAAUUCACCAAAUCCAGCAACUGUAAGUUCUGACAAUGAUGACAGUCUCCCUGAUUAUGAGAAUAGCAUGCUAGCAAGAUCAUUACUAUCAGGUAUUAAUCCUUCAAAAAGUGAUGCCUGUCCAAAAAAAGUCCCUAUUCCUGAAGUACACAAUGCCAACAGAAACAAGGACAAUAAUUCUGAACCAGUAACCUACGCUAACAAUGUAAACAAAAGCCCAACAAAAUCAGCCACUGAUGAGUCCAUUGUGAAAUUGGAAAAACCAUCACCAAAGUCAGAUGUUGAUUACGAACCAGAAGUAUUACUGUCGGAGCAGCAAGAUGGCACUGAUUCAGAAAACACUUACACUUCUGAACAAUCACAAGCAUUACUUCUACUAGCGGGGAUGUCUACUGUUCCAAUUUUGAACUCUGGUGCUUCGACUUCUCAAAAUUCCCACCAACAAUCUAAUCAUGCAGCUAUAUGUGGAGAUUGCCCACACUGUGGAAUGAAGUAUUCUAACCAAUCGGCCCUGAAAUAUCAUGUGAGAUUAAUGCACUCAGAUCUAACUAACAGGCUGUGUUGCUAUCUGUGUCCAAGGUCAUUUACUAUGCGGGAGACUUUUAAAGAACAUAUGUGGACAAGUCAUGGACAAAGAAAUUAGUUACCAAGUAUAAUGGUGCCUUAAACAAGUUCCUUGCCAAUGGAGUUGAAAA